AUGUGCAUGAGCGCAAUUUGCUCGACCUGCAAGAAGCAGACCUGGCGCGGCUGCGGCAACCACGUGGCCUACGUCUUCGCAAACGUGCCCGAGGAGCAGUGGUGCACCUGCGAGCCCAAGGUUGAGAAGGACGGCAAGGAAUACCCGCCGCCGGCAAGAUAA